AUGAGGCAUAUCUUAAAGCUCCACGUACGAAAGAGAGCCCUGUUGGCUUCUCUCCUUAUAUUCAACAUGCUCAUGGCUACUCGCGUCAUUCUCUCUCGUUCAGUCCACCCCCUCCUCCUAAAGCGCACUCCUUUCCUCCAUUCUGCCCCUAAACAUCUACCCAAAUCCCAGUCUUGUCCCCUCUGGUCUUCUUCCUUCUCCUUCUGCCUCAGUCUCCACAAAUCCGCCACUACCAAUCCUUCACUCUCUUCUCGCCCUUGUUCUUCCCUAUCUGCAACUGCAAUGGCCUCCUCUGCUUCUGUAGACGAAGCUCUCGAAGCCAAUCCUCUUCUCCAAGACUUUGACUUCCCUCCCUUCGAUGUAGUCGAUGCCAAGCACGUGCGACCUGGGAUUCGCGCUCUCUUGAAGAAACUGGAGGGUAAUUUGGAGGAAUUAGAGCGUACGGUGGAGCCCACCUGGCCGAAGCUGGUCGUGCCGCUGGAGAAGAUCGUUGACCGAUUAACUGUGGUUUGGGGGUUAGUCAACCACCUCAAGUCUGUUAAGGACUCCUCGGAGCUUCGUUCUGCUAUUGAAGAAGUCCAACCAGAGAAAGUUAAGUUUCAGCUUAGGUUGGGGCAAAGUAAACCAAUUUACAAUGCAUUUAAAGCUAUUCUAGAAUCACCUGAUUGGCAGACGCUGACUGAGGCCCGCAAACGAAUAGUUGAAAGCCAAAUAAAGGAGGCAGUUUUGUCUGGUGUUUCUCUAGAGGAUGAUAAAAGAGACAAUUUUAACAAAAUUGAACAGGAACUAGAAAGACUGUCUCACAAAUUUGAAGAGAAUGUUUUGGAUGCCACAAAGAAGUUUGAAAAGCUAGUUACUGAUAAGAAUGAAAUUGAAGGAUUGCCAGCCACUGCUCUGGGAAUGGCAGCACAAACAGCACUGUCAAAGGGGCAUGAAAAUGCAACUGCUGAGAAUGGGCCUUGGAUAAUUACAUUGGAUGGCCCAAGUUUUCUCUCUGUUAUGCAACAUGCUCGAAACCGGUCUUUGCGUGAGGAAAUAUACCGUGCUUACAUAACUCGUGCAUCCAGUGGAGAUUUGGAUAAUACUGCUAUCAUUGACUCAAUUUUGAAGCUUAGGUUGGAAAAGGCCAAGCUUCUGAAUUACAAUAACUAUGCUGAGGUAAGCAUGGCAACCAAAAUGGCUACUGUUGAAAAAGCAGAAGAGCUCCUAGAAAAACUUCGAAGUGCUUCCUGGAAUGCUGCAGUUCAAGAUAUGGAAGAUCUUAAGAAUUUCUCCAAAAGUAAAGAUGCUCCAGAAGCUUAUGAUUUGAAUCACUGGGACACCAGCUUCUGGAGUGAGAGGCUUCGUGAGUCUAAAUUUGACAUCAAUGAGGAAGAAUUGCGUCCAUAUUUCUCCUUGCCCAAGGUCAUGGAUGGCCUAUUUAACCUAGCAAAUAUUCUUUUUGGAAUUAAUGUUGAACCGGCUGAUGGUCUAGCUCCGGUUUGGAACAAUGAUGUUAGAUUCUAUUGCAUCAAAGAUUCUUCUGGGAGUCCCAUUGCAUACUUUUAUUUCGAUCCAUAUACUCGUCCAUCAGAGAAAAGGGGAGGUGCAUGGAUGGAUGAAGUUCUUGCUAGGAGUCAUGUAUUGUCACGUGAUGGUGCCUCUGCGAGGUUGCCUGUGGCACACAUGGUGUGCAAUCAAACACCACCAGUGGGAAACAAGCCCAGCCUUAUGACCUUCCGCGAGGUAGAGACUGUCUUCCAUGAAUUUGGUCAUGCACUUCAGCAUAUGCUGACUAAGCAAGAUGAGGGUCUCGUUGCUGGUAUUCGGGGAAUAGAAUGGGAUGCUGUUGAAUUACCCUCUCAGUUCAUGGAAAACUGGUGUUACCAUAGAGACACUUUAAUGGGCAUUGCAAAACAUUAUGAAACUGGGGAGACUCUUCCAGAAGAAACAUAUAAAAAGCUUCUCGCAGCUAGGACUUUCCGUGCAGGCUCCCUAAGCCUUCGGCAGAUAAGAUUUGCAAGUGUAGAUCUGAAGUUGCACACAGAUUACAUACCUGGUGGAUCAGAAUCCAUCUUCGAUGUUGAUCGCAGGGUUAGUGAACGAACACAAGUGAUCCCUCCACUUCCAGAAGACAGGUUCCUUUGUGGUUUCAACCAUAUAUUUGCAGGCGGAUAUGCAGCUGGGUACUACAGUUACAAGUGGGCUGAGGUGUUGUCUGCUGAUGCUUUCUCUGCAUUUGAGGAUGCUGGAUUGGAUAACAGCAAGGCUGUUAAAGAAACUGGACACAAGUUCAGAGAAACCAUCCUUGCUCUUGGAGGCGGGAAAGCACCACUAGAGGUUUUUGUGGAAUUCCGGGGUCGUGAACCUUCACCAGUGCCACUGCUCAGGCACAAUGGACUAUUAGCCACGGCUUCUGCAUGA